AUGAUCAAACAAAGGAGUGUUUUUGAUCAAGCUAAAAGCUGCAGAACUUCUCAUAUCAAAGUUUUGGGGAGAAGGAAAUUUAAACAAGAUGGGCUAAGCUCAAAUAUUAAAGAGAAUAUUGAGCGCAGAAGUGCUCUUCUGAAGGAAUUACAGGCUGAGAGGAAGAGGAGUGAGUUUGUAGAUGAGAGAGAGAGGUUCAAUCCAUUUAAUAAUAAUAGAGUUCUAGCUGGUUUAUUAUCUAAAAAGAUUAGUAAGAUAGGAAAUAAGAAGAAAAGUUUCAAUCUGGAGGAUAAUAGUGAAAAUGAAGAAGGUAUAAUUGGGGAAGAUAAUGAUAAUUUGGGUUUGACUCAUUUAGGAAUGUCACUAUCAUUACUAAGUGAUCGUGAAAUUAGCAAAUUUGAUAUGAAGGGCUCUGAUUUAGAUGAUGAAGUAGAGGAUCCAUUACACUCUAAAUUUGCGUCCGAAUUCUAUUUUGGUAAAGGCGAAUCAGGAACCACAAAUAAUGAAGUGCCAAUGACAAGACAGGAAAUAUUUAAAGAAAUAAUAUUCAAAAGUAAAGUAGCCAAGGCUGAGAAGAGGCGUCAUAGAGAGGAGCUAGAGGAAAGAUUAAAGGCUUAUAAUGAAUCAUUCAGUGAAAUUCACCCACUUCUUUCAUUCAAGCCAACUAAACAAGCAUUAUCUAGUGUAGUGACUAAGAAACUUGGAGGUAUCAAUUCUGCACAAAUUUCACAAAUGGAUAAUAAAGAGUAUCAAAUAGAUGACUAUGAUUUAUUGCGUAGUGAACUAGUUUUUGAUAUUAGAUCGGGGGUUAGUGAUAGAAUAAAGACGAAGGAGGAAAUAGCUGCAAUGAAUGCCAAGAAGCUAUCUAAGCUUGAAGAAGAAAGAAGGCAAAGAAUGCAUAUGGAGCUUAUGCAAGAUUAUUUUGAAGAAAGUGACAAUGAAUGUAGAGACAGUGAAAUUAAGAAUAAUGAAGAUGAAGAAAAGGGUAAUAAAGAUGAAGAAAAGGGUAAUAAAGAUGAAGAAAAGGGUGAUGAAGAUGAUGAAUAUAAUGAGUAUAAUGAAUAUAAUGAAGAUAGUGAGGAUGACAAUAAAGAAGAAGAUGAAGAGUGUAAGAAUGAUAUAUCUAAUAAACAGGAGUACGACAAUUACACUAAUCAAGAAGAUGUUGGACCAACUUUGGAACUAGCUGAAUUGUUUGAUGACGAACCCCAAAAAAAUAUCUUAAUGGAGACACUGGAUAUUGAACCUUUGGAACUCAUUCUUCCAGAUAUAUGUAGAUGCCAGAAUUACCUAGACGAAGUUGAGAACAGAAAUAUUGAUUGGCUUAGGAAUGAAGAGAAUGAAUUAGAGUUACCAUAUCGUUUUGAACUAUCGUCUAUAUUAGGCCAUGACUAUUCAUAUAAGGACCUGAUGAAAUAUUUAGUUAAAUUUCAUCCAAUCUCUCAGUGGAAGCUUAUUCAUAGAUUCCGAGCAUGUUUUAAUAAGGGAAAUCCUUCUAUGGUUAAUGAUGCAAAGCUUAUCACUAAAUUCCUAAUUUUCUAUCCUCUCAAUAUAGCCAAAAAAUUAAAAGUAGGGUCAUCGGAUGUAAUGUCAAUGAGCCAUAUUAUUGAGUUCUUAAGAUUGAUGUGUGAACAUCUAUUUUUCUUCUUGGAGGUUUCCUCUGAAGAGGUAAUUGAAAUUCUUGCAAUAUUUUCUUUGGAAAUUUGCUGUCUUACUUUACCAGAUAUUACAAAAUUAUAUAAAAUAGGACAAUUAAUAGAAAAUCACUUAACUUGUAAGCAAGGUGAAUACUAUUGUCCUGAUGCUUUAGAGUGGUGCCCAAACCUCUCCCACCAGCUUAAAGAUACUCGCAGAACAUUUGAUAUUAUACAUGUUACUAUGUGUCGUAUUAUGUUUUUAAUUUUUCCAAUAACUGAUUUAAGUCAUCCUAUAUUGACUCCUGUUACUACUUGUCUUGAACUAUGGGCUGAAAGAUAUAGUAGAAUGGGGAAAGUAUUUACUGAGCCAUACAGAACUAAUGAAUCAAUUAAUAACUUAUUUAUUGGUAAACAUGCCCAAGUUAGUUUGUCUGAGUCUUGCGACUUAAGAUGUAUCACUGGAAUAAUUGCUCUUUUAGAAAUGGCAUGUAUUGGAUAUACACAGAAAGAUAGGGAUUUGCCAGAAUUUGAGGGUAAAUAUAGUCCAGGGUAUUUUGCGUUAUCUGUUAGCUGUGUGAAAUGGGUUCAUACUAGAGAUAAAUAUAGAGAAUCUAUUGGUGUUAAUAUUUUAAGAUCUUUGAUACGUGUCAUAAAGUGUAUGGAAUUAAAUCCAGGUAUAUAUAUUCCAAUUAUUCACUUUGUACUUCCAAACUUCAAGUGGAUGAUUGAAUACAGUAGAAAGUUGCAGGUCACAGAUUGUUCAACAUAUGACAAGUUACUAAAUGAUGUCAUAAUACUAUCAGAAGAAUUAGCUACAAGACCUUUAUCACCUGUACAACUAUGGCCGAAACUGGUGCCAUCAAUAAGAAUGCUAACACCUAAAAUUGAUGACCCUUCUGUACCCAAUGCUAUAAAAGCUUUAAUGGGACCUAGACAGAAUUUGAGAGAAACACAAGGUGAUGUGGAGAAGAGACUAUAUCUAUCAAGAAUAAAGAAAGAAGUUAACUCAGCAAGGAGACAAGCAAACAGGCAAAUAAGGAGAGAUGCAGAAGUAAUUGCAAAUAUUUGGCAUAAAGAGAGAAAUACAAGGCAGCAGAAGCAGAAUCGUCGUUACAAUUCAUUUAUGCAGAUGUUAGAGCAUGAUCAAACGGAAUAUAAAAAAAUGAAGACAACCGGCGGUACCAUGGAUACUUCCUUAGCACCCUAUAGAUCAAAUAAAAAGGCAAAAAAAAGCAAUAGGAGAAUGGGUGGUAAUGAGACUGCCAGCGGGCUUAUUCAAUAA